AUGGCGUGGAGUACUUUGUUGUUCCGAGGCUUGGAGCUCCUUCGAAGCCCUAUCUUCCAUCGCAUGGUGGGCCGAAUCCACGAGAAAGUCCAGCACGUCCGGCACGGAGUGCCUCCAGAAACCAAACUUGAGAAUGAGGGCUCUUCGAUCAAGCAGUUCUUCGAUUAUUUCAAAGAAGAGCUCAAGGAUCAGGCGAAAGGAAACCCGCGCAACAAAUUGUGA